GAUUUGUGAGCCACUUUCCAAAUGAAGUUCUUGGGUUUGAUAUUAUUGGCCACGUCAGUGACUUGCCGAUUCACCGAUGAUUUGUACAAACUUUUGGCCAAAAGUAAUGCGGGCAAGAACCUUAUUUCGUCGCCUCUUUCCGUCGAUAUUGCUUUGAGUAUGGUCUACAUGGCCGCUGGGGGAAAGACAGCCCAAGAAAUGAGAAACGUUUUGAAACAUUCCACGGAUAAAAAGGCAGUGGCUCGUAAAUACAAGGAAUUUCUGACAAAGCUCGAAGGUCGCGAAAAGGUAGCCAUCCUCGAUCUGGCCAACCGCUUAUUCGUAAACGAUCUCUACACUUUAGUUCCGGAGUUUAAUCAAGUGGUCAAAGAUUCCUUUAAGGCCGAAGCGCAGGCUAUCAGCUUAACUGAUUCUGAAAAAGCCGCUUCGAUCGUCAAUAAGUGGGUGAAUGAUCAGACGCGCAGCAGGAUAAAAACCGUUGUUGAGGGAUAUGAUAUGUCCUCGAGUUUGAUAAUGGUUCUCGUGAAUGCAAUUUACUUCAAAGGCCAGUGGCAGUACGAAUUCGACCCUAAAAAUACCAAAGUGGCCGAUUUUCGAUCUGCUGACAAAAAAACUGAUCCUGUUCAGAUGAUGUCGCUCGUGGGCACAUUAAGGGUGGGAUUAAUUCCGGACUUGGAUGCCAAAGUAAUCGAGCUUCCUUACCGGAAUUCAAGCCUAUCAAUGGUCAUCUUUUUGCCGGAAAAAGACGACGGCUUGCCAAAAUUGGAGCAGAAGAUCGCAGGCUUCUCUCAAAAGCUGAAAAGCCGGGCCGUGAAUUUAAGGCUGCCAAAGUUUAAAAUCGAAUUUUCCUCAGAGCUAAAGGAAAUUCUUGCGACGAUGGGCAUACGAGAUGCCUUUGCGCGUAGUGCGGAUUUUGGAGGUCUAGUGAAAGCGUCAGGAGCCAGCAUCAGCAAAGUCACACACAAGGCUUUCAUUGAGGUUAACGAAGAGGGUGCCGAGGCAGCAGCUGUAACAGGUGCUGGAAUUGGAACGAGGUGCCCAACUUGCAACGCCUUCCGGUUCAAUGCCGAUCAUCCAUUUGCCUACGUCAUUCGCGAUGAGGACACCAUUUACUUUCAGGGACACUUCGUAAAACCAGAAAGAUUAAGUUAGUAAAAGGAAACGGAAAUAGUGCUCUCUCCGUUAACCCAUUUUUAAGUGAAUAAGAUAAUAAAAAUAAAUCUUACCGAUAUAUGACGAAAUA